GGUUAUCCUGUCUUGUAGAUAAGGAAAAACUUUACUUCAGUUCAUCUUUCUUACGUGGAACUGAAACACAUGGGGCAGCAGCACCUGGGCCGGUAUCCGGUUCAUUUCCACCUGUGUGGUGACGUGGAUCAUAAAGGAGGGUACAGACCCACAACCUUUGUGGACGGCCUGUCUAUUCAUCAUAGCUUCUCAAGAUGCAUCACUGUGCAUGGGACAAAUGGCUUGCUGAUAAAAGACACCAUUGGAUUCGACACUCUAGGUCAUUGUUUCUUUUUGGAAGAUGGUGUUGAACAGAGAAAUACUCUGUUUCACAAUCUGGGACUCCUCACCAAGCCAGGGACCCUCCUCCCCACUGACAGGAAUAACUCCAUGUGCACCACCUUGCGAGAGAAGGUGUUUGGAAGUUAUGUCCCUGUACCUGCCACUGACUGCAUGGCGGUUUCAACUUUCUGGAUUGCUCAUCCCAACAAUAAUCUGAUUAGUAAUGCAGCUGCAGGCUCACAGGUAAAUAAUAAUUGAAGUCCUUUCAGUUUUGUAUUCAUGUCAUAAAUGCUCUGGUUGUAUGGGUAUAAAGUAAUGUGUGGCA